AUGGAUGGUGUUGUGGCCUUGUGGCUUGUGGCCGCCUUCUCUGCUGUGGCCAUGGCCACCCCUGAACCUGGUGGUAGAUAUGGUGGUGGUGGUGGAUAUGGUGGUGGUGGAUAUGGUGGUGGUGGUGGACAUGGUGGUGGUGGAUACGGUGGAGGAGGUCGUGGAUAUGGUGGAGGCGGAGGCUAUGGUGGUGGAGGCCAUGGUGGUGGCGGCUAUGGCGGUGGUGGAUAUGGUGGUGGCCGAGGUGGUGGCGGCUAUGGCGGUGGAGGCUAUGGAGGUGGCGGCUAUGGCGGUGGUGGAUAUGGUGGUGGCCGAGGUGGUGGCGGCUAUGGUGGUGGAGGCUAUGGUGGCGGUGGAUACGGUGGUGGUCGAGGCGGAUAUGGAGGCGGCGGACACGGAGGUGGAUAUGGAGGAUACGGAAAAUAAUCAGACAACGAAACACAACGAAACUACGACAAGAACACUGGCUGAUCUUGUGUGUUUGUUGAAGGUUCGUCUAAGCUACGACAAGAACACUGGCUGAUCUUGUGUGUUUGUUGAAGAUUCGUCAAAAAAACGACAAAAAAACUACCUAAUCUUCCAUAUUCAUCAUUUUUUUGUAAUUCCACGAUGCCCUAUGUAA